AUGCCUGAGGUGGCGGCUGUGGUGAAGGGUGGUGCAUCCCGCAAAGCGUCAAAACAGUCGCUGACUAAAGUCACCAAGAAUCGGAGGGAGACUCACAAGCAGAGCUAUUCCACUUACGUAUACAGGGUGUUGACCCAGGUCCACCCUUGCACCAGGAUCUCAUCCAAGGCCAUGAGUGUUAUGAAUUUGUUCAUUGUCGACAUUUUCGAAUGCAUCGCCUCCAAGGCUUUGCAGCUCAUUCAUUACAAAUUGCGCCACACCAUCUUGGCUAGGGAGAUCCAGAGCGCCAUCCACCUCAUGUUGCUGGGGGAACUGGCCAAACACACCAUCUCUGAAGGCACCAAAGCGGUCACCAAAUACACCAAUUCUGUUUAG